AUGUCGCUGAUUCCAAGCUUCUUCGGCAACAACAGGCGUAACUCAGUCUUCGAUCCGUUUUCUCUAGAUGUCUGGGAUCCCUUCAAGGAUUUUCAGUCUUCUUCUUCGCUUUCCCGAGAAAACUCAGCGAUCGUGAACGCACGUGUGGACUGGAGGGAAACGCCGGAGGCGCACGUGUUCAAGGCUGAUCUGCCUGGACUGAAGAAAGAGGAAGUGAAGGUCGAGAUCGAGGAAGACAGCGUCCUGAAGAUCAGUGGAGAGAGACACGUGGAGAAGGAAGACAAGAACGACACGUGGCACCGUGUGGAGAGGUCGAGCGGACAGUUCUCGAGGAGGUUUAGGCUGCCUGAAAAUGUGAAGAUGGAUCAGGUUAAGGCUGCGAUGGAGAAUGGAGUGUUGACUGUGACGGUGCCUAAGGCGGAGACCAAGAAGGCUGAUGUCAAAUCUAUUCAGAUCUCCGGUUGA